UUGAUCGCUGUAGUUCCCCCUUCGGCCACCGGCGGCGCUGCUGUCUUUGUUGUCAUUCUCAAGCCACCAGCUGAGAGGAUGUCAAACAUAACCAGCCCUCAGCGGUUUUCAGGAACCUUUGACCACUUUUACGAUGGGCAUUAUGAGCCAGAUAUUAGCACCCAGAUGAAGGUGCCAAAGAGAAUACGUGUCACAGGUGAUAAUGAGGACGACCCAACAGUUAACUGGGCUCGGUACAAUGGAGUUAACGAGAAGUUCGAAAUGAGCGUUCCAGAUCGAAUUGUUGUGGCAGGUGGAGAUCAGCACAUAGGAACACGAGGAGUUCCCCGCGAAGUUGAGGUAGAAAAGUCGAUAAUGCCCACACCUGAUCCAGCUCAGUUCAGAGUACAGACUCCACCUCGCACAAUUACCCUCGACAGCUACAACUACCCUGGAGUUGAUGAUAUUUCUCCAACUGAGGACAAAGAAAGCAGUACCCCAGGGUCAGCUCCUACCAUCCUCCCUCGCGGCUCCACCUCAGGCAUGCAUGCUGUCAGUGACCUGGAUCUUGGGCGUGACACAGGCACCCCUGGCAUAACAACAGACCUGAGCCCAAGCGAAGAGAUCUCUCUCCUCCGGCGCCAGGUUGGGAGGCUAAACCGGCGGGUGAUGGCCCUGGAGCUGGACACACAGCAACGCGCACACCGGGAAAUGAUAAUGUACACUCUCGGCGUUGCAUACUUCCUCAUCAAGGCCAUUCUCUGGAUCAACAGAAACUGAGCGACAGGAACAAGGGUUAAAAAGUCAUCAGUGGUAAUAAAGGUAAUAUUCAUUUUGGUGCUGCUGGAGGAAGUUUUGAAGCUUUAGCUGUAGUUUAAACCUGCAGUUGGAGAUGCUGCGGGCAACAGCCAUUGCUUUGUCUUGUUCCUACAAGAUGAAUUCUAAUUUUCUGCAUCUGCUGUAUGAUUAUAAAACCAGUUGGAAUGGCAUCAUGUCUUAUAAUUGUUCCAGGCAGAAAUUUUUACAGGAGAGUGGCACUUGUAAGUCUUAUACCUAAACUUUUUAUUAUUAUUGUACAGCAAGCUAUGAUUGUGAUGAGCCUUUAUUAGGCUAGUAAUAAUAUAAACAUCAUGAGUAUUUAGCUCAGCAAUAUUGUAAUCUUUUAAAAGGACACAAUGUAUAUUUUGCUUCACACUUUUUUAUGUAACAAACAGCUGGAAGUGCAUCAUAAGCUAAGGAAAUAUUGUAUGUAAUAUGCAUAGUGGAUAUAGCAAGAUGUAUCUGUAUUUUCCUUUGUUUUUCAUUUGAAGCAUUUGCAUAAAAAACAUUUACCACAGAUUGUACUAUAUUUUCAAACAACAUGGUUCUUCCUCAUAUUGGCCAGUAAGUGACAAAUUGAUGCCAUUAGUAACAGAGAAAAUACAGUAGGUUUUAUUACCUUGUAUAUUUUUUCAGUCAAGUGAUUUUUACAGAAUCAUUCUCUUCACUUUUAUGAUACAAUUUAUUCAAAUGAUGUGGAUGUAUGAUCUGUUGAUGAAUUUUGAGCACUCCCAGCGGUGUAUUCAUCCUGAGUCGUCGGGACCAAAGUUGGCAUCAUAAAAUCAAAAUUUGACUGAAAACAGUGCAUCAAUUGAUGUCAACAAAGCACCUCUAAACAUCCAGACAAGGGGAACACAGUAAGUUAUUAAGACUGUAAUGGAUAUAUCUUAUUUGGAAUAAGCCCAAGAGGCAUGUGACUGCUGCAGUACAACCCUUUCAAGGGAAAAAUAAAAGAGUGGUUAAGUGAAAUGUAAUCUUGAAGGACUGAUUUGAUGUUUUUGUUUCAAUUUUUUUCUCUCUCUUUCUGAUGCAAGUGGGUGGUUGUGAACUGAAUUCCUUCUUCACUAGUCAGUAUUUGUAUAGCAUGUGUCUUGGUUCAGCUAAAGAUAUUGUUCAUAGGCAUAUGUCUCAAAAGUUCUAAGUGGUGUGAGAAGGAUUGCUCUUGCAUACCUGAGCCAGGUCUGAUGUAUUGAAUGUUUUGAUUGUUCUCAGGGGAAGCGCAUAUUUUCAAGCAUUUGCCAGUGUGGAACAGUGAGGGGUGAAUUUAAAGUGAGUAAAACUCCAUUUUAAGGAACAACUUAAGCUCUUUAUAUUCAUUGAGUAUGAAUCUGAGCAAGAUAUAUAAAAGACAGGUGAUGGGUAAUUUUCGUAAUGUUAUGAUAAGACUUUAUCCUACAUAAUAUUGCCUGUAUGUAGUUGUGUACAUUAAAAGGGAAAUAUGGAGAUCAGAUUUACUUGAUUUAGUUUCGGUUGUCUUUUCUCACAAUUGACUGUUGGGCAUUAUACAUACAUAAUCUCAAGAUUUACGAAGAUGCUGUAGUCUUCAUGAUUUCCAAGUAAACAUACAUGGAACAUUUUUUUGAUUGGAGAAAAUAUGCACACCACCACUUUUGCUUGACACUUGUAAACUUUGUCAGAUUCACAGCAGCCAGAAACGAAAGAGCAGUUGGUGAAAUACUGUUCCAAAAAUAAAGUUCAUACCUUUACCAUAUAUUUAAGACACAAAGUGACUCUGGCAUCUACAUGGUAACAGGCUUUCCAUUUUUAAAAAGGAGU